AGUGCGCGUGCUUGCGUGCAGAGUUGUGGUGAUCCGUACACGAGAACGAUUAUUUAUCCCCGCCGCACACGCGUAUCCACAUCUAUAUAUCUAUCUAUCUCUGUAUCUAUGUUUUAAUGUGCGUCAGAAAUAGCAGCAUUUGACGGCCACUCACCGCUUUUCGAGUUGAUGCACUCCGCCUCUCCUCUCCUUUUUAUUUGAAAGAGGAGUUGUGCUUUGACGUGCGCACGCACAUACCCAUCCACCCACGCGGAGCUCACCACAACAAAAGGAACUAAAAGACGUCCACUGCGUUUUCUUCUGUGCGGCAUCGCUGGUUUGUAACGGAAGGAGAGACGCCUUUUGCGCUUCUGCCUUUCCAAGGACUACUGAUUGGCCAAGGCGCACCGUGCACGGACUUCCUUAACUUCAAAUACCGUUUCAGUCAUCGCCCCUGUGGGUCCUAAUAGUAGUGUUUUAUUGCUCGUACCCAGUUGGAGCUGUUGGCGGCACCUUAGCGUGUGUGUGCGGUGCUGCUAGAAGAAAACGUUAAUAUAAAUAACAGCGGCAGCAGUAAGCAGAGGCGGAAGCGAUUCCACGAUGCGGUGGUGCGGCGGUGGCACUCCGCACGUCCUUAAUCCAUUUCAACGAGUCCCUCGUCGUACGCUAAAUCCUUCUCGUACAUCGCUGUCUCUGCCACUACCACGUGCAAACCAGUCUGCACAGCCACUUGUCGUCCUCGCCUUCUUCUUUUCGCGGAAGCCGUUGUCGCUGCUCUGUGCUGCUUCGUUUCUCAGUAGUCUCCGUCCGUGUGUGUACCGUCGCACAUCGGCUUUAUUCCACGGAGGUGUGCUUUGGACGCGCGUGGCUUCCACGUGUAAUCGGGCCGCAUUAACCUCCGCUGUCUUCCCCAUCGCACUGCACACGUCGGUGACACGUUAUUCGUCUUCCGCCUGUGCUGGCGGCGGCUUCAGCUCCACGCGCGCUAGUCUUGGAAGUGGAGUUUUGCGCCGGCCCACGAAACAAAGCCGCGAAAGUGAAGAGGUUUUGAAAGAGAUGGCGCUGAAGGACGACACACCAACGCGUCCGCGACGAGGAAGGCCUGCCGCCGCCGCAGGUAGUGACGGAAAACCAGCGCGAAAGUCAGCCGGCAUCACGGUGAAGCGAAGUGCAGCCCGCACCGGACAACGCGGCCGACCGCGGGGGUCGGCGUCGGCCACUCGUACCCACAUGGCUGCUGCCGCUGCGGCUACCGACUCGCGUUCACCUGCAACCGCGAAACCAAACUCUGGUCACGAUGAGCAGCAGCCCCUUUUCAGCCGACACGAUGAAGCCCCCUCCGACAAGGAGAAUCACGGCAACAGCAGCGACGGCGACGGUGCGGAGGAGGCGCAGGAUGCAGGGAUGGACAACGGUCAGUACGAGCUCUCACCAGAGGCCCUCUGCUCCGAAACAAGUGCGCGUCUUCACUACCCUCGCCACGCCGUGCGCUACGUUCUCAUGCAGACGAAGGAAGGUGCCACCGUGCCUUUUCUGGCGCGGUACCGACAGGGCGAAACGGGCCGCAUGGACGAAUCGCAGCUGCGGCAGGUGCUAGACACCGCCAAGGAGGUGAGGGAGGUCCACCGGCGGCGUCAGUUUAUGCUGCGCAGUCUGGGGAGCCGGGGGCUGCUCACCCCUGCCCUGCAGGCCGCCCUCGCAUCGAUGGCGCACGUGAGUCAGCUGGAGGACGCGUGGGAGCCUUAUAAGGAGCGCCGCACGAGUCUCGCUUCACGCGGUCGUGCCGAGGGACUGGGCCGCUACGCCGUGGCCCUUUUGCACUACAACCCCGCCGAAGAGGAAUGCCGGCAGCUGCUGAGUGAUUUGCGCGCCGCGGUCAGCCGCGUGGAGGACGGCGAGCGUCUGCUGACUGCCAUCGUCGCAGAGGACGUGCAGCGCGGAGAGGCGGUGCGAUGGCGCCUCGGCGAUUACUGCCGGCGGACAACGCGGCUGACGUGUGCGGUGGUGCACAAGCCGCGCAAGAAGAUCGCGAAGGACAUGCAGGAGGAGAGCUUUGAGCACUUGAAGAAGCACUUUGCCUUCUAUGACGGAAAGGCGUGGGCGGUUGAUCGCAUUGCCGCGCAUGUCGUGUUGGCCUUACAGAGAGGCGAGACGAAGGGCGUGCUGCAGGUGGAGACGACGCCUGGGCCGAAGAGUCACGGGCUAUUCAUGCACACAGUGCGCGAGGAGUUUCCUGGUGUGGCUCGUCUGCUGCCUCCGCCAAACGGACAGGCGUCGACAGGGAAUAGCAACACGAAUAGUGCGGCUUCUCCCGCUGGGUCGUCAGACACGCUGCGGGACGCGGGGUAUUGCCGGAGGGUUCUCCUCUCGGGCCUACAGGGUGCAUAUGAGUCUCUGCUGAAGCAGCUGAACACGGCGGUGCGGCGCGACUUGAAGAAGAGCGCGGAGCAGGAGGCGAUCGUCGUCUUUGCGCACAAUCUGCAUCACAUGCUGCUGCAGCGGCCCCUCUCGCACUCGCGCCUCCUCGCCAUGGACCCCGGCCACACCCACGGCGUCAAGUGUGUUGUGCUCGACGAACACGGUGCUGUGGAGACCUUCUUCACCUGCACCUUGAUGGACGAGGCGAAGAUGCGCCAGUACGUGACGCAGGUGGUGGAGGCGCGGAAGGUGAACAAGAUCGUGAUCGGCAACGGCACCGCCUCUGGGGAGACGUCGGAGUUGGUGGCGGACCUCAUUAAGCUGCGCAACUGGAAAGACGUGGAGUUCGCGGUGGUGAGCGAGGCCGGGGCGAGUGUCUACUCCGUCUCCGACAUCGCAAAAGAGGAAUUUCCCACCCUGAGUGUGAUGUACCGUGGUGCCGUUAGCAUCGGCCGUCGCGUGCUCGACCCGCUGAGCGAGCUCGUUAAGAUUCCUGUGCGCAGCAUGGGCAUCGGCAUGUACCAACACGAUGUGAACGAGAAGGAGCUGAUGAAGGAGCUGGGCUACGUGCUGGAGUCUUGCGUCGCCAAGGUCGGCAUCAACGCGGUGAGUGCGAACCGCUACGUGAUGGAGAAGGUCCCGGGCAUUCAGAAGAAAAUUGUCGAUCAGAUCGUGCUGGCACGACACGCCAAGAAGCUGCACAGCCGCGACGAUCUCCGGCGCGUUCCUGCCAUGACGGAGAGCGUCUACGAGCAAAUCGCCGGCUUCUUUCGCUUUCCCAACUCCCCCGAGCCGCUCGACAACACAAACAUCCACCCCGAGUCAUACCUGCUGGUGCGUCGCUUGAUGAAGCUGUACGCGACGGGCGAGCUCGCACCGACGGGUGUGCGGGACCGACUCGUAGUAGCAGCGGCACCGGCUCCCUCUGCGACUGCCGGCGACGACAGCAGCGCGGAGGGUGUGAGUGUCGGCGACGUCCACACUCGGCAGGACGUCGCACGUGCGCUGCAGCAGCUGUCACCGGCGCAGCUCGCCGCACUGGCCGCGCAGCGCCUCUCCUGCACCGUAGAGACGCUCGAGUUGGUGCGGCAGGAGCUGCUCCACCCAGGCCUCGAUCCCCGCGCGUCUUUGCCGCACGCCGGCUUGUUGCGUCGCGAGGUGUACGACGUGCGCGACCUCCGCGCAGGCGAUCGUCUCUCCGGCGUGGUGCAGAGCGUGACGAUGUUCGGCGCCUUUGUGGACUGCGGCCUGCACGACUCAGUGCUGGUGCGCGGCGACGGCGUGGACACGCUGCAGGUCGGCGCGUAUUUGCACAAGCGCAUUCGGUUUGACUGCCUCGAUCACCUGAAGCGGCCCCGCAUGUUCCUGCUGCCGGACCCGGACGCGGUGAAGAAGCUCGAUGCUGGUGCCCCGGGUGGGCCGCACCGUCUGCAUCUGGAGUCGGAAGACCGGCUGGGCAGCGUAGGGGAUAACACCACAAAGUCCGACGUGAAUCUGGAGGAGUUCGACGAUGAUGCGGAGCCCAGCACAGCUGCAGCGAGCGUUGAUGAUGAUGCUGUUGCCGCCUCUUCCUCUCCAUCGCUCUCCGCCACCAUCCUGCGCGAGCGAAAACGGCGGGCGGCGGCAGAAAGUGGGCCGUCAAAGCCCAGCAUCGCCGCUCCGCUGCUGUCAGCUCCCGCGGCGUCUUCCGUCACGCCACGCACGGUCGCCAAGGCGCAUCCGACCACGCAGCGAGAAACGCCUCCACUCGGUGCGAAUGUGGAGCAGCGAGGGCACAAGCGGCCUCGAUCGUCUUCGCCAGAGACACUGCGCACCCAGCCACACCUGAAUGUGCAGCAGCAGCACCAGGGGCCGCUGUUCCUUGACCACGUGCCGGUGGCACCCCUGAUGAUGGCCGUGGCGAAGGGUCGUGCGGCACCGGCGACUAGUGCGAUGACUGCGCGUGUGGAGCAGCACCGCAUGCCGACACCAACGCCAGCGUCAACGACUGCAAAGCCUGCGGCGGUGCAUGGGGAGGCGAUCGAUGUGGAUGCGCAGAGCGAGGCGAAUGGGUCGGGCAGCUCCGGCAGCGACAUGGUGUUCUCCUUCUAA